ACGCGUGGUCCAAGAAAGCGCGGGAGACAGACUUGGGGGAGGGGGGAGGAGAAGGUAAUGUGCCGGAGGACGACACGUCAAAGGACAAACUACGAGGGAGGAGGAGCGCGCCGAGCGGGAGGAGCAGACGGGAGAGGAGGAGGAGGAGGAGGAGGAGGAGGAGGAGGAGGGGAUAUAGCGUGGAGGUCUCCUCCUGUGAGUCGGGAUGAAGUGCUAAAAAAGCCCCCGGGGAAAUCGUCCGGAAGAGGAGGCGAAGGGAGGAGGAGACGGAGGGAGGAGGAGCACGAGGAAGAGGAACCCAAGAAGCAAAAUAGCGAAGAGGAAAAGUGCACUGCUAGGGAAAAGACGGAGGAGGAGGAGGAGGAGGAGGAGGAGGAGGAGGAGGAGGAAAGGUGGGGGGCUGUGAGAAAGGAAAAAGAAGGAAUUAUUUAUUACCCUUUUAGGAUAAUUCCGAUAGAUUUUAACAGUAUGUCUAAUUACGACGAUGGAAGAUGUCAUCUUCUUCGAGUUGCUGAUUCCAAUGAGGAUGCGGCGGGUGAGAGCACUGUGCCUAUUAUACAAGAGGAGAUGACCUUGCCCAGUCCAAUGAGGCCUGGGAGGCCGCCAAUUCAGCUACCUCCCCAGCAGAUGCAUCCGAUUCCACCAUUGCCAUCACCGAGGCCGGCGGGUGGGGGGAAUGGCGCAGCAUCGGAGGCGGCCGUGCCUCCGGAGUGGGCGGUUCUUCUUCUGGGAUGUGCACUAGGCUUGGCCACAGGCGCCAGUGUUGUUCUCUUCAAUCUCACGGUGCAUGCCAUUCACAAUAUGGCAUGGGCAGGGACACCAAAAGAUGGGGCCGCCUGGCUGAGAGUGCAGCCGCUGGCAGACACGUGGCAUAGAAUCCUUCUGAUACCUGUUUUGGGAGGGGUGGUUGUGGGCCUCCUGCACGCCGUCUGUGGUGUUAUCGACCAGAUCAGGAACUCACAGCAGCUGAGCAAUAAGGAGAAAGAUGAGAUUGAUUUCGGAAAAGCGGCAAAGCCUAUCAUCAAGGCCGUUCAGGCCGCAGUUACCCUUGGAACGGGAUCUUCUCUGGGGCCAGAGGGACCCAGUGUUGAUAUUGGCAAGUCAUGGGCAGGGGGUCUUGCGGAGAUCCUGAAAAACAGCAAGGACCGGAAGGUGGCACUUAUUGCCGCCGGUGCCGCUGCUGGUAUUGCUUCAGGUUUCAAUGCGGCCGUAUCCGGAUUUCUAUUUGCAAUUGAAACCGUACUCUUUCCAUUGUACGCCAGCCCAUCGCCACUGAGUGUAGCAAUGAUUAUGCUGGCUGCUGUGCUCUCGUCGGCGGUAUCCAAGGUCGUCCUCGGAGAUGCCCCUGCGUUUACUGUGCCAGAAUACGAGCUGAAGACGUACGGAGAGCUGCCUCUGUACCUGAUCUUGGGAAUAGUCUGCGGUAUCAUCUCGAUCAUUCUCACUCGGCUGAUUGCGAUUUCAACAAGGGUAUUCGACUUCCUUCGGGAGCGUAUGGGAGUUCCACUUUCUGUGACUCCUGCGAUGGGCGGUCUGUCUGUCGGCGUUAUUGCUCUUCAAUACCCCGGUGUCCUGUACUGGGGUUUUGAAAAUGUGAAUGAAAUUCUCCAUUCUCGGGACACGGUUACAGCAGCUGGGCCGAAGCUGAUGAUGCAGUUGAUCGCAGCAAAGAUCGUUGCGACAUCGAUCUGCAAGGGAUCGGGGUUGGUCGGCGGGAUUUACGCACCUUCCUUGUUUAUCGGAUCGGCGGUCGGUUCAGUGUAUGGGUCGCUCGCAGGGGCUGCAGUUAAUGCUGCCAUCCCAGGAGAUUUCGCUGUUGCCGCGCCACAGGCAUAUGCAUUGGUGGGAAUGGCCGCCAUGUUGGCGGGGGUCUGCUCUGUGCCUAUUACGUCUGUCCUGCUGCUUUUUGAGUUGACGAAGGACUACAGGAUCAUCCUUCCGUUGAUGGGUGCUGUUGGGCUUUCCUAUUGGUUCGAAUCAGCAGCGAGAUCAUGGCCCGGUAUGAAGCUCGAAUCUGGUGGUGGGGGCCAUACCACUCAGGCAUCUGGUGCGGGGCAGUACCGGCGAUUGAAAAGUGCUGUGAACACACGCCGUGGAAGGGCCUCCAUGGCAUGGAAGUCUGGACAUCAACUGGAUACGGAUGAUGAUGAUGACAUGGAGCUUUGCCUGUCGGAUGGAGCAUUUGGUGUUGCUGGUGCAGAAGGCUUGACAGAAGAACAGAUGAUGGAAGAGCUGAAGGUGGAACAAGUGAUGUCAACGAAUUUUGCGACUGUUAGCACCAGUGCGUCUUUGAAGGAAGUCAUCGCUGCCAUUUUCUUUAGUGGGCAGAGGUGUGCCUUGGUUCUGGAUGCAGCCAACUUGCUAGAUGGAAUUAUAACUUUAUCAGACCUCCAACGGGAGGCGAUGAGAGCGGUCUCAGCCAUGGAUGAGGGAAACAAUGCAGCGUCUGAAGAUGAGUGUUCGAUGGCAGUGACCUCCGUAUGUACAAGCAGAAGAGGCGUUGGGAACGACAAAGGCCUUAUAGUCUGCUACCCAGAUGAGACUCUGAGAGCAGCUUUUGAUUUGAUGUUGACAAGGGCACUGAGACAGUUGCCCGUGGUCGCAAGGGGGGGUCAAAGCUGGGAGGAGAAGAACCGGAAGGUCAUUGGACUCUUGGACAGGAAUUCGCUAAGGAUUGCUUCCAGGUCGGAGGUGACGAGACGUUUGUUGAUGUUGGUUGAUAGAGGGCAUCAUGGUGGUGGGGUUUCUUCCACCCAAAGACAUGGUGAUGGGCACUGAGUCGAAAGAGCGGUCGUGCAGAGAGAGGAGCUAUGUUCCACGGAUAACUACUUUUGUACAUAUCAGACAGCUUUGCCGCCUCAACCUUGAGAAUUCAAAAUCGUUGCAGAGUAUUUGCUCAGGGACUCAGGGCCAAGCUGUGCAUAUCGCGAUUGUGGCGAGGACUCGAAUUCCAUACUCCCUGUUUGUCUCUCAGUUGGCGAUGAGCGGCUGGUACGCAUUUGGGUGGGUGGGUGGGUGGGGAGAGAAAGGACAGUGUUGGAGCGUUACUUUCCUCCUUAGGUCUCAUCUGCAAGGUCUCUGUUUUGACAGAGUGGCAGCAGAAACGAAAGGACGUGCUUGCAGACGGUUGAAGGCCAUGAAGCCGUCGACAUGUGUCUCCCCAUCUGCCAAGAUGUGGGCCGGAGUAUGGUCAGUCAAAUAAAGCCGUGAGAGGGGAAGUGAGAGGAGGUGUGUAUAUACCACGAGGCAGUCAUCAUAGCUGUGCUUUGAAGGAAAUGGACAGAGGCGGACCAAACUCCUUCCACGUCUACCUCGCAUGCCCUAACCCCCUCCCCCUUCCGCCGAGCACUUUGCGUGCUCACAAAAGCUUUCGGCGCCCUUCCCUUGGAUACCCUCACCUUCUCGCCCUCCUGGUGAGCACCGUGUCCGCUCCCCAUAUGGCUGUCUGUGUCUUUCCCUCGCACGCUUUUGUCCUCUCCCUCUCCCACUUGUACUGUGCCUGCUCCCGCAUGGACUGUGCCUGCUUCCGAUGGCUUGUGAUGCCCUUCCCUUGCAUGCCCUUACCCUCCGCCAGUCUCCCCGAGCACUGUGCCCGCUCCUGAUGGCUUUCGGUGGUGCGCGUGGGGUGGGGGGAGGCGGGUAGGCUGGGUGGGGGGAGGCGGGUUGGCUGGCUUGGCCACUGGGGGCAAGAGGCCAUGCACGGGGGCUAUAGCCCUGUACAUGGGUGCCACAGCAGGCAAUGAUUGGAGAGGCAAAUUGCCCGAGGCUACCCAGUCAUUGCGGAUCCCGGAAAUGGAGAUCCUACCGUCAUCCAUUUUGAAAAGUGGUGGAUAUUCAUGAAAUUUACGGUUUCGGAAGAGGCCAACACCGAAUUCAUGAAGCCGUUCCUUCUUUUGGCAGCAACUCGGAGAUCAAAUGUCAGCGUUGGACCCUUUACCUGCAGCGAUUAAUCGCGCAGUGCAUCCCACUGAGAGAGAGUGUGUUCAAUUGCCAGUGUGCGAGCAAUCCAUGCAGUGGCAGAAGCGAUCGAUCAUCGAUGCCACACUUGGAUCAAUCGACUGUGAGGAUUCGAUCGUUUGGUAGCAGCGAUGGAUCAUCCAUGCCAUGCCACACAGAGAAUGCGACUGCGAGUGUUCAUUUGUUUUAGUAGGAGCCCUCCUCCUUGCCCUCCUCCUCGUCCUGCUGUUCUCGCCCCCCGCUCGACAGUGCUCCCUCCUCGGCCUCUGCUUUCUUGCGAUUCCGAGGUAAUCGAUCAUCCAUUCCACUCAACUGUGAGCGUUAAAAGUGUUUGGUCACAGCAAGUGAGUAUCCCAAUGCUUCCAGAACUGGACUGUCCAAUUGUGCCAAUGUAAAACUUUUGAAAUUGUGAAUACGAUUUGUGUUGAUGGUCUUGGGAGGGUAGAGCCUGCGAGCAAUUGAUUGAGCAAAUGAUGUUUGAGGGCCUCAGAGAAUGUCAGGUAAACAGGAUUAGCAGAUGUUUCGUGUUUAGUACUCUUUGUUGCGAGUUUCCCCCGUUUAGAUUUUGUUUGAAUCUUUACUGUGGGUCAUGUUCGGUUUUUCCGGGAUUGCGCGCAAGAAGCGCAAUUUUUUAGCCGAAAAUGUUUCGCGGCAGCAGUGUGUGAAGUUUUAAUGUUGUAACCGAUG